AUCUCUUCUUCCCAUUGAUAUCUCCCCACAUAAAAUACCCAUUACCAGUGCAGAGAUAAUCAUACGCACCGCCCCCACAGAGCUAUACCGAACGACUCUCUUCAUCUCUCUCUCUCUCUCUCUCUGUGGCUGCAAUUUUAGUUCAGUAUACGAAACAGGAGGGAAAGGGGGAAAGCACGGUUUAAAGAAUUCCGCCAUGGCUGCUACCUUGCAUCUUCAGCAUCCACUCUCUCUCUCUGCUUUUUUCUGUUGUCCAAUAUGUAAAUAAACAAAACUGACCAACCAAGCAAAUGAAAGGGAAAGCAGCAAGCGGCUGAACUGAACACGGCACACUCCAUGCUUUCUCCUCCACUUCCCCCAGUGCAUCCCCACUACCUCGUCGUGACCCUCUCCCUCAAAUUUCUCCAACUUCAGUACCCAGAAGCCGUUUUUAGCCUCGGGAGUUGAUUUCCCCAUUUUCAGCUCAGCACCUGCAUCGUAAAAGAUCGUGUUUUUGCUGCCUCUGCGGCAGAUUCUCCAUGAAACUGACGGACCCUUCCGUCUGAGUGCAAUGUCGAAGACCCCAUCUCUUCAAUCUCCCCAGGUCCCCGCCUCCGAAGCUACUCCAAUUUCGGAGCUCUGCAAGCGGCUGAAGCGACUCAGGCUGUUCGAGCCCUCGGUGGGCGUCCUGGGCUUCUUCAUCGUGACCCUCUGCCUCAUUGGCUGCUUCUUCUACUUGGACUACACGGCCGCCGCCCGGGGGCUCAAGUUCGCCGGCCGAUCGGAGCGGUUCUCCUGGCUGGAGUCGAACAGGUCCGCCGAGGUCAAAAGGGUUGACUUCCUGGGGGAGGAGGGGACUGGGUGUGACGUGUUUGAAGGGGACUGGGUGUGGGAUGACGGGAACUACCCUCUGUAUGAGUCGAGAGAUUGCAGAUUCUUGGAUGAAGGGUUUCGGUGUAACGAGAACGGUCGGCCCGAUUUGUUUUACACCAAGUGGAGAUGGCAACCCAAGCACUGUAAUUUGCCCAGGUUUGACGCAAGGCUGAUGCUGGAGAAACUCAGGGACAAAAGGCUGGUUUUUGUGGGAGACUCCAUAGGGAGAAACCAAUGGGAGUCCCUCCUCUGCAUGCUUUCUUCUGCAAUCUCCGAUGCCAAUUCGAUCUAUGAAGUGAAUGGAAGCCCAAUCACGAAGCACAAAGGGUUUCUCGUGUUCAAGUUCAACGAGUUCAACUGCACCAUUGAGUACUACAGAGCUCCAUUUCUGGUGCUCCAGAGCAGGCCUCCAGUGGGAUCUGCAGAAAAGAUAAAGACGACCUUGAAGUUGGAUCAGAUGGAUUGGACCUCGUUAAGGUGGAGAGAUGCUGACAUACUGGUCUUCAACACCGGGCACUGGUGGAACUAUGAGAAGACAACCAGAGGUGGGUGUUACUUUCAGGAAGGGUCGGAAGUGAAGCUGGAAAUGAGUGUUGAACACGCAUAUAAAAGAGCCAUAGAAACCGUCUUCCAGUGGAUACAAAGUGAUGUGAACAGAACAAAGACUCAGAUCUAUUUUCGGACAUUUGCUCCGGUUCAUUUCAGGGGAGGCGACUGGAAGAGCGGGGGAACCUGCCAUUUGGAGACUCUUCCCGAGCUCGAUUCCUCAUUAAUGCCAUCAGAAACAUGGACCCAAUUUAAGAUAUUCAACGAGGUGUUCUCAUCAACAUCUCUUUUGAGCCAAUCAGGAGCAUUCGAAUUGCAGGUAUUAAACAUAACCCGAAUGAGUUCUAGAAGGAAAGAUGGGCACGCUUCUCUCUACUAUCUCCCCCCUGGCAUUGGGCCCGCCCCCAUGCACCGACAAGAUUGCAGCCAUUGGUGCCUGCCCGGGGUGCCAGAUUCGUGGAACGAGCUGCUCUAUGCUCUGUUCCUAAAGCGUGAAGUUGAAGCCAAUAGUUCACUCAACAAAGCUGUGUAAAUGAAGCGAAAAAGGCCGAGUAUAUAUUUUUUGGCAGAGAAAACAGCAGAUGGCCUUCCAACAUGAUGAAAACCGUAUAGUCUGGAUCGAGCCGGUGCAAUUUUUUUUUUUUUGCUUAUAGGUGGUUGACGAACGGGAUCAGAGUUUUGCUCAAAUAAGCCAGCAUGGAGCUGUUACAUACACAGUAGGGCUAUUCUUUUGGGGUUCAGAUGGGGUGGGGAUAGCACAGUAUAUUUUUGUAGAAAUUGUAAGUAGUGAUUCUUGUAAUAUGUGUGUGCCGAUGCAACUUGUCUGUACACUGAACGGAACUGCUUGGUUCCAUGGCCAUUGGAUGAACAAUGCGAAAGAGCUCUCAGGAUUAACUAA